AUUCUUUACUUGAAUAUUAGGUUUUAAUCUGAUCUGAUUCAUGAUACGAAGCAGAAUCAACGGUUGAUAUCAAAGCCGGUGGCUAAUGCACCGGCUUCGAUGAAGCACUGUUCUCCCUUUUCACCUCCGAGCUCGAAACACGGGAACGAUCAUGGCUGCCGCUCACCGUCUAAGGCUUCUCCUCCUCCUCCUCCUCCUUCUGCUCCUCUCGCCGGAGCCGGAGUUCGUCGGAGGCAUCGGAUUGGGUCAACUCGGAAGCCUCCUCUCUAUCUCGGAUUCCCUCAUGACUCGCGUCGCCAACGCCCGCGCAGCCCGUGGCGACCUCCGCGGCGCCGACCGUGCCCGCUCCAUCGCUGCGAAUCUCCGUCUCAUCGGCGGCGGAUGGACAUCGAUCUUUUCCGCCGGCUGGGAUUUCGCUCGCAACUAUGCUUGGCGUGAUGGCGGCGGCAUCCCGAUAUCGGAGGUCUCCCGCUCCGCGACUGAACUCCUCGCCGCGGUUGCGGAGUUCUCGCGGUUUGAUUCCGCUGCGGAUCGUGGCCGGUGGUUGCUGCAGCGCUAUCCCAGACUAUUCGCCGUCUCUAAGUCCCUCAUGGAAAGCCUUCUCCAAGUCUUCAACCGAUCGGGGUCGUUGAGGAAGGCGGUGGUGGUGUUGCAGGAGGAGUUGGUGGACGGGGAGUUGCUAAGAGAUUGCUUGGAGGUUGGCGCCGGUGAUUUGGAAGGCUUGCUUACGAUAGCUAGGGAUUUGUUCUCAUCGAUGGCAAAUUCUAAUCAUAGAGAGUUGUGAGGAGUUCAAAAUCAGUGGAAAUCCUAUCAGUUGCUUCCAUAGUGGAGACAGAUUUUGUUUACAGCCAUCAGUUGUACAAGCAAGUAAGCUAUUUACAUGGGGAAUGCCCUUUGUUGAGAUUGAGUGGCUCAAGGUAUCAAAUAUUCUGUUGCAAAGCUCUUGGAAAGGCAUGGCAUGGCAGAGAGUCUGUUCAUCAGAUGACUCUGGUCAGGCAGUAUUAUAUCACACUAAACUUUAGGUCUAGCAUAAGUCUCUACAAUAAUGUUAGGAAGGAUAAGUUAGCAUAGCAAAAUGUUUCAUGUUGGGAAGGAUGAGUUAGCAUAUCACAAAAACUGUUUGGACUUAAGAAUCUUCGUCAUUUUGAGAAACCAUUUGAUGAGGUCUUCAGUAAUUAUUCUCUGAGCUUCUCAAAUAAACAUGGUGUCACUAAUAAGGAAGAAAACAAACUCCACAUCCAGGAUUUUCAUGGUUCCUUGGAAUUAGAGGCUUCCUGUUGCAACAGUUUUUACCCCAUGUGCUGGUUAGCUACAAAUGAUUGUGAUUCAUACUUCUGUUUUAUGGAGGCUAACAGAGUCAUUACAUCUUCAUGUGCAGAUGUCCAGAAAAAGUUCUUUAGUGUUAAAUUCUAAUACCAGUCUUAUAAAUCCUUCCGACUUCCUGAUAAGGAUACAUGAGAUUCAGGUUGAACUGAAGAAAACUCUGGUAUGUUUACCUUAAAACUCUUUCAUUGGCACCUGUGAUGAGCUCUAAGCAAUGUUUUGGAAGAGGCUUUUAAAAAUAUUCAGGGAUGUUAAACUUGAGCUAGACUGAUGUCAUGAUAUCAUGAGUUUUGCUAUAUUCUACCCUUUUAUGAUUAUGUUUUUGUCGCUAUUGUUUACUUACUGAUAGGGAUUGUUUUUACCUUUGAAAUUGUUAUGUUUACUUUAUUUGCUAAGUAUGAAACGCAAGAUUGUCCUGA